AUGGCUGAUGCCGGAUUCUUUAAAGGUACUUCGGCUGAGCAAGAUAGUCGAUUUGCAAAUAAACAAAAGAAAUUACUCAAACAAAUGAAAUUUCCUGAUAAUAUUGAUGUUAAAAUUGACAUGUUAAAAGUUAAGAUUGAUGUAUUAAAGUCAUGGAUAACAAAGCGUUUACAAGAAUUAUUAGGUAUUGAAGAUGACGUUGUUAUUGAAUUUGUUUUUAAUCAAUUAGAAGAUAAGAAUCCUGAUCCAAAAAUGAUGCAAAUCAAUUUGACUGGUUUUCUUGGUGGAAGUAAAGCACGAUUAUUUAUCGGUGAACUUUGGAAACAUUUAGCUAGUGCACAAUCAUCACCCGAUGGGAUACCAGCAGAAUUUGUUGAAAUGAAAAAAAGAGAAUUAUUAAAACGGAUGGAAGAAGAUGAUCGAUUACGUGAUGUUCGCAAGCGUGAAGAAGAAACCCAUCGGCAAGAGAUAAAGCCAGAUAUCGAGAAAUUGGAUAAUAAACUAAACGGCCGAAAUCUAAUGACGUCAUCAAAUAACAAAUUACGUAAUGAUAAUCAUGCUAGUGGUGAAUAUAAAUCGCGACCACAUUAUGAGGGUGAUCGACGACGUUCACCACCAAAGAAUCGUCGACAACGAGAUUCACGUAGUCCGGACUUACGAUCAAGACCUAAUGAGAAAAAGCCUAUUCAAACGGUUGAAAAGGAAGAAAAACCAUCAUCCAAUCGAAAUGAUCGUCACCGUUCACCAUCAAAAUCUCCUAUACAUAGUCGAAGUCCAAUAAAAUUAUCACGUAAAAAUGAUGAAUAUCAACAUCACUCAUCAUCAUCGGAAUCUGUUAAUAAAAAGUCCUCGAAAAUAACAAAACAGCCUGAAACCAUUAAACCAAAGCCAAAGGCUCGUUCAUCGUCUUCAAGUUCAGAUGCUAGUGGUUCACAUCAAAGAAUCAAUAAAUCGUCACGUAGAAAAUCCGUUGAAAUAUUAAAUGAUUCCAAUGAAAUAAAACGAUCGAAAAUUGAUGAUCAACUCAAAAAACUAUCGGUAUCAAAGACGAAACGUAAACCGCCUACGCCUUCUCCUCCGCGCUCAAAACAAUCAACAAAAUCUUCUUCCAAAACAGAUUUGAAACCGAAAAUACCAACGGUUAAAGAAACAAAAAAACCUAAAAAACGAGACCGAUCAUCGUCUAGUAAAUCGUCAUCAGCUUCACGUUCAAGUUCCAAUUCAAGUUCACUCUCUUCCAUGUCUAAUUCCGCGAAGAAAAAGAAGAAAAAAUCACAAGUAACCAAAUCGAGUUCAUCAAGUCGAUCGCCUUCACUUGAUCGCAAUCGCAAGUCCGACAAAAAGAAAGAUGAUCACAAAUCAAGAAAACAUAGUACCCAUCAUAAUAGUAAAUCUUCGUCCAGAAAGCGAACAAAAAAUCAUCGAAGUAGUGAUAGUAAACGGAAAUCCCAUCGCGGUAAGUUAAUUCAAUCGUAUCUACAUCGUUUAAAUAGAAUCAAAUCUACGGAAAGUAAAAGUAAAACUGAAAGAAGUUGGUCAAUAUGUAAAUAUUGGACAUUGAGCGCUACUGUAUAUUUUGUUUCUAGUCUUGAGCUCUAUUGCAAAUGGAAACCCAUCAAUUUAGAUCACCUAGACAAAUCAAUAACAAGAAAACCGCAUCGAAGUGAUUCAGCCAAGAAGUUAAAAAAAGAUAAAAAUCAGGAUAAAACAGAAAAGAAAGAUUCGAAUUCAUAUCAAUCAAUAUCAACUAGCGAGAUUCCAGUUCCAUCCUCACCAAAACGACCUCGACUUGAAUCACAAAUUAAAGAAAAAACGCCACCCAUGAAAUUGCCGGAUAAUAAUAAAUCCCAACAAUUAUUUGCACCGAUCAAGCCAACUCGAACUGAACGAAUUGUUGUAUUAGAAGAAUCUCGAAUCGAUGCUACAGAUUCGGUUUCAACACAUGUAUCUAUUGUAACAAAAUCAACUGAUAAUGAAAGAAAACAUCAGAACAAUAAUCAAAGUGAAGAUGAAAACGAAAUUGAUUUACGUGAACGUCUUCUACGUGAGAAAGCAAUUAAAUCCAUGCGACGUCGACAACUUACUACUACUACUAAUGAUCGAAUUGUUUAUGAAACGCAAUAA